UCUUUUUUUUUUUUGGGUUGGGGGUAUUACAAGUUAGUGCAGAGGAAGCUCCAAAUUUCAUUUAAAUCCAAAGGUUUUGAGUGAUAAGAGAGCGAUAACGAUGCUAUGGAGAAUGACAAGAGACACGAGAAGAGAUGAGAGAACAAAGAUUUGAAGAUAAGGUGAUUAACAUGCAUGGAUUAACUCUUCCUCUUACUAUAAACAAUUUACUUUGUUGUGCUCCCACUUUAAGAUAUUCUUCCAUACCCACUUUUCAAAUUUGGUAUGGAAGUGGUUUCAAUCCUCUUAUGGUCGAUUCACGCUGCUACAUGAAGCAUGAGACCAAAGGAAGAAGAGGUAGCAAAAGAAACAACGUUGUCAGAGCAAGCCUUGGCGAGUCUCCGUAUGAUGUCUUGGGCGUGUCUCCAUCCGCAACUGUUGAUGAAAUCAAGAAGGCAUAUCGGAAACUUGCUCUCAAGUAUCAUCCCGAUGUCAAUAAACAGGAUAAGGCGCAGGAGAAAUUUAUGAGAAUAAAACACGCAUACAAUACAUUGCUAAAUUCUAGUUCCCGCAAAAAAUAUGAUUCUGGAAAUCGUGGUUCUGAUUUUUAUCAAAGAAGCCAAAAUAGGAAUUCGCAAGCUGAAGAAGAAUUUUAUGGAUUAGGUAAUUUUAUGAGGGAUGUUCAAAUAACAAUAGGUAGAUAUAUACUCUCUGAGGACUUCUUUAAGGAUCUUCAAGAAGAAUUCAGGAAUUGGGAAGCCAAUGCUGCUUCACAAGGAAAGCCAAAGAGUCUAUGGGAGGAAUUGGCGGAAAUAGGAGAAGAAUUUGUGGAGUUCCUUGAGAAAGAACUCAAUAUUGUUGAUGCAAAUGACAAUUAUAAAACGCCUCAGGAAGGAAACCCAUCUAAAGUAUCUGGGACAGAGACACCAAGCAACAGCGCUCAAGGUAAAGCUAGCAAGGGAAACGGAAACAUUGAGGAUAACCUUGAUGAAAUAGAAGCCACUUUGGCUCAGUUGAAAAGGGAAUUAGGCUUAUAGCGCAAAAGGAUUGGGUUCCCAGCUGGUUGAGAGCAAUAGCCAACAUUAUUGCCUCAAUUGGCGUGUGCUAUAUGUGGAGGCAUAUAUCUGUUGGUGGCCCUUUCGAUUUAUGUCACCAGAUUAAAUAUGAACACAAGGGCUUCAUAUACCGUUCUAAUGUUUUUCUUUCCUAACAUCCGUCAUUAUUUAUUUAUAUAUUUUCUAAGUUUUGGGUUGGCAGCGUAGAUGACAAUCUCAAAUAAGAACACUAAAACAUCAAUAAUGUAUGUAUUUGUUGAGAUGAAACCAAGAGAAACGUAGAGGGAUAAUAAAACUCAUUUGCUAUAUAAGCAUAAACAUGAUUGCAUGUCUUCGAAAAUGGAACAAAC